AUGCUGAUGCUGAUUGGCGAAGGCGACAUUCGCAGCCUCGGUUCCGCGUGCAGCGGCCGCGCGGUCAGCAAGCUGGUGGCCACGCUGCUGGCGGGCGCGGCCAUCGGUGUGGCGGGGCAGGCGCUGCAGAGCGCCAUCGAGGCGGGCGUGGCGGUGCACAACCAGCUUUUGCAGACAGUCUUCGCCACCGGCCUGGGCCAAGCCUUCGCUGUGGAGGUCGUCGUCAGCGUCAGCCUGGUGCUGGCGGCCGGGUCCAUGGUGCUGCUGUUUGCGCCGAUGGCGGCGGGAGGCGGCGUGGCGGCUGUCAUGGCCGCCCUCAACGGCAACGACAUCCCCGGCCUGCUGGGCCUGGAUGUGUUUGUGGUCAAGCUGGUGGGAUGCGUGCUGAGCCGGGUGGCCACGCUGGCCGUCGGCGUGGAGGGGCCCAUGGCGCACCUGGGCGCCUGCCUGGCCAGUGCGCUGUGCCGCGCAGAGCAGGCGUUCUGGGAUUGGACGCAGGAGCGCAGGCGGCCGACUGGCAGCCGCGGCAGCACGGCGUGCCUGGCCGGCUACGAGGCGCUGCCGGCCAGCGACGAGGGGGAGCCAGCGGAGCGCCAGCGCUCGGCAGGCGGGGCCAGCUGGUCGGCAGAGGAUGUGAAGCUGGAGCUGGAGUGUGGGCACAUCAAGGCGGGCGAGGAAGGAGGGGAGGAGGACGAGGAGGACAGGGAGGCAGGCAGCGUGGUGGCGCAUGUGGACCACAGCCUGUGGCACCGUGAGCUGGUCAGCGCGGGCGUGGCGGCGGGCAUUGCGGGGGCCUUUGGGGCUCCCCUCGGGGGCAUCCUGUUCAGCUGCGAAGAAGCCUGCAGCUACUGGGACCGCAAGGUGGCCUGGCGCUGCCUGCUGUGCGCCGCCAUGGCCACAUUCGUGCACUCCCAGCUCAGCGCCACGAGCGAGCUGGGCAUUCUCGCCAUCAGCGGCGCCCCCAGCCUGACCCCGCGCCAGUGGCUGGUGCAGCUGCCGCUGAUGGCUGCCGUCUCCGCCGGCGCGGGCCUGCUGGGCGCCUCCUUCAACCUCAUGCGCCGCCGGCUGCGCAGGCUCAGCCCUCCCUCCCGCACCGCGGCGCGCAGCCUGGGGGAGGCCAUGGCGGUGGCAGCGCUGACGGUGGCCGUGAUUGCGGCGCUGUCAGCGGCCGUGGGCAGCUGCCGGCCGCUGCCGGAGCACUGGGAGGCGGGCGAUGUGGUGCAGCACCUGUGCCCAGAUGGGCAGUACAAUGACCUGGCCAGCAUGUUCCUGGGCAGCUCGGUGUUCGUCAUCAAGAGCUUCAUCGGCCUGGGCUCGGAUGCCGAGCCCCUGCACACAAGCUGCGGCCCGCUGGGAGCCUGCUACUUCAGCCUGCCCUCGCUGGCGGCGCUGUGCGCCUCCUACCUGCUGCUCACUGCGCUGUCGUCCAACCUGGUGGUGCCGGGAGGCCUGUUCAUGCCAUCGAUCAUGAUUGGCGGCUCAUAUGGCGCGCUGUGUGGGCUGGCCCUGGCCCGCGCCCUGCCCGGCGCCGGCAUCCAGCCGGGCGUGUUUGCGGUGGUGGCCACGGCGGCCGCGCUGGGCGGCGUCUUCCGCAGCUCCAUAUCGAUUGUGGCCAUCCUGCUGGAGGGCACGCAGGGCUUCAACCAGGCGCUGGGCAUCAUCGCCGCCAUCGCCAUCUCCCACUACGUGGCGCACCUGUGCGGUACGGCCGGCGUGUACCACGACGAUCUGGAAGCCAAUAAGAAGGUCCUGUUCCUGCACGAGGACCCGCCCAGCGCCCUGCGCCACCUCACCGCCAUCAACAUCAUGCGGUCCCCGGUGGUGGGCUUUGAUGCCAUCGUGGAUCCGGUGUCUGGGCGGGGGCGGCUGGAUGGCUUCAUCCUGCGCAGCCAGCUGCUGGUGCUGCUCAGGCACCGCGCGUACUGCGACGCUGGCGGCCGGUACCUGCACAUCCCUCCGGCGGCUGCCCCGCAGCUGGAGCAGCAGCUGGCGCUGCUGAUGCAGGAAAGCACGCGGCGCAGCCACAGCGGGCGCCUGCUGCUGGUCUUCACCGGCGGGGUCAGCCCCGACCCCACCCCGCUGCGUAGCCCGCUGAGCAGCUGGAAUGCCGAAGAGGAGGAGGCACCCCCGGCGGCAGAGGCAGCUGAGCAGCAUGCGGGGCUGGCCUCUGCAGCGUCGGUCGAGCCUCCCUGGCGGGCGUACGCAGACCGGCUGCAGCGGCCGCCGCGGCCGUGGAGCACAGCUGCGCAGCAGCAGCAGCAGCAGGCUCCCGGGGCGGGGGCGGGGACCCCGCGCACGCCCCGCCCAGGCAGCCACCAGGAGGAGGAGGGGGAGGCAGGCGCCUUCCUCAACCUGGCUCCAGUCAUGAACCGCGCCCCGUUGUCGGUGCGGCGCUUCACCCCGGCCGCGCGCGUGCACCGCCUCUUCCUCUCCCUCUCCCUGCGCCACCUGUGCGUCAUCGACCGCUCAAACGCUGCGGUGGGCAUCAUCACACGCCAAGACCUGGUGCAUGCGGGUCAUGCACAGAAGAGCAGCUGCUGA